UUUUUAUUUGGCUACAUACAUUUCAAGUUAUAUAAAAUUAAAACAAUAACAUGGAAUUUCAUUAAUAUGGCUUUUUAAGGAGGUUCAUCUGGUACGUAGUACGUCAAGCGAGAAACACGUUCAACUUUGACUUGACUAGCGCAGUAUGCUGACUAGAUUUGGCAACGUCGCGUACACAUGAGAACGCACACUCACACGCGUAUACAUAAAGCUUUUAUUUAUAUUUAUAAAUGCAAUAGUUGUCGCAUAAUAUUAUAAAACAAUGAGUGAAAAUCUGAAAAAGAAAUUUUUCUGGAAAGGAAAACGUGUGACCGAAAAAGUAUACAAUUCAAGAAUACGGUUACAAAACGUCGGUAAAAAUUUGAGAAAUAUUUAUGGCUGUUGAAAUAAGGUAUCUGAUAACCUCAAAGAAUGUGAAACUGGCGAAAGCGAAUUCGGCCAACUUGAGGGAAGGCGUAUCGUAGAUUUGAAAACCCUCGCAAAAGAAUUGUUUUGCAAAAAAUGUGAUGCGAUGGUUUCUCUGCUCGAUACUGUGGAAGAAACACGAGUCGGGUUGGCUUCGAUGUUUUCUGUCAAAUGUCGGAGUUGCAUGACAAUCAUACGAGUUGCUACAGAUAAAAAGCAUGCGACAUCAAAAGAAAAUAAGCAGGGUAGGCAGAUUGUCCACUACGAUGUCAAUACCAGAGGAGCAAUGGGGACUUUGAACGCAGGCAUAGGUAAUACACAUCUGAAUAAAUUAUUGGCUUCUUUAAACAUUCCUUUAUAUCAUCCGAAUACUUACAAAACACAUGAGAAAGAAGUAGGUUGUGUUGUUGAGAAGAUGGCUCAGGACAGCUGCAUAAGAGCAACUGUUAUGGAAAGAGAACUUACAAUUAAAAAUAUCGAUAAGAUUAAAGAACUAUUGUAAGCAAUCUAUUGUGAUGCAGUACAUUUUCAUUUUUUUCUUCGAUAUAACUAUAUACAUUUUUAGUUUUUUUCAUUUCAAGAUCAAUUUUUAUACACUUAAUUUUUAUUCUUUUUAUUUAAUCACUAUAUUUAUAUUUGGCCUGUUACAUGUACAAAAUGUACAUGUAAGUUGUGUGCACUAUGAGAUCAAUUUAUAUACUCACAAACUAUUUUCUAUUAACUUUUAACGUUUAUACAUGUUUAUACAUAAUAUAUAUAUAUAUAUAUAUAUAUAUAUAUAUAUAUAUAUAUGCGUUUCUCGAUCAAGAGUUGCAAUAAUCAAUUGCCAUACAUUAGAGUUUCAAUCUUUGUUAUAUCUGAUAUCUACAUGUACAGUAUAAGUCAUUUUUCGACGAAUUUUGUGAAUUGAUAACUACUGUUAUAAUGUUGUAUUAUAAAAAAUAACAUUACUUUUUCUACCUAUUUAUACGUGUAUGUACAACUUAUGUAUCAUGGUGUAUAAAAAUUUAUAACAAAUAA